AUGGGAAUCCUGACGCCCAGGGAAAGCGCACAAGGACUGGAUGUGAUCGAAUCGUCGAGACUGACAUAUUUUCCCAUAACGCUCUGGGAUAUACGAGUCAUCGCGGUUCUCUGGACACUGUUCUUCGUCACCGGAAUUUUCGUCAUCCUUCGCUUGUUCUCACGUGUCAAGAUACUCCAAUUCUACGCCAUCGAAGACUAUCUAUACAAUGUUGCCUUUACGCUUCUUCUCGCAUACAAUGGCCUCAUCACGUUUUACUCCUACCACGGACUUGGUAGUCAAUUGCCAGAAUAUCUGACGACAAGCGAUGUUACCCUCAUCGUCGCCUUUGAGAAUGUUCUUUUCGAUCUCGCCAGCAUAGGCCUCGUCGUUGCGAAAAGCUCACUCGUGGUCUUCCUGAUGCGCCUUGCACCUCAGCAUCAGUCUCCUUGGAAAUGGAACGUACUCAUCGUUCUCCCUAUUACGCUCCUCGGCAUUGUCACCUUUGGGGCAAUAAUGGCGAUGUGGGCGAGAUGUUUUACCGCCCUUGCUGGAACGACUCUCUUGUGCUCCAGUGUCAUUCCCGCCAUGCACUGGAUGCAAGUGGCAGCAGGGUUCAGUGUUGCGAUCGAUUUGUGGUACGCGGCGAUGCCAUGGUAUCUCCUGCGCCGCCUGACGAGGCCGAAGAAGGAAAAGAUCCUGAUCCAAGGGAGCAUGAGUCUUGGCGUUAUCGCUGCUGGCUGUGGCAUCGCAAGAGCGUUGACUAUCUACGCAGCGGUGAACAACUUGCAGGAAAACUCAGUACUUUACCUCUGGCAUGGUGCGGAAAUGGCAGUGACAAUGAUCUGCAUCGGCCUGCCUGUUAGCAAGCCAGCCUAUAUCAGCAUUAUACACGCAUGUGGUAUGCGAUCCCGCAAAUCGAAGAACAGCAAUUUGUACCCGUCUUAUGCCGGUACCUACAGACAGGCGCGAGAGCGCGCGAACGGCGAGCCAGAUACAUGGUCUCAGCGGGAGAUAUUAACCGACACGAACGCGAUGGCCACAAAGGAGUCAUUUUCUUUGACCAAUAUAGGCAAGACAGGCAUCACAGUGACAAAGACUGUGGAUGUCACCCAACAGUCUCCUGUCUGA